UUCUUUCGGCCUUCUCAAUUUAAAUACGUAGUGACGACACGCGUAAUGCUCAGCCCGUCCCCUCUGCUGAAUGAAGAAUCCGCUAUCCUAUUCAAUUGUGUCAUUGGUGUUGUCGAAUUUAGCAACAUUAUUUCCUUAUGUAGACAAAGGGCCUUCACCCGAUAACUUUACUCAAAGAUGUUGACAAUAAGAUAACAUUGACACCUUAUUCUCAGUCUUUUGGUACGUUGGCUUCAAGGUAAAGAGAUGGAAAAACAGCCGAGGUUGUUGUCAUCGCAGCUCUUACUGAAAAACACCGUCUUCGAGGUGUCGUUAAACCGUGUGUGUAUGACAUGGAAAGAGCAGCCCACCACCAAGAAAAAACGCGUCGGAGGCUUGCAUCAUCCAUUCAAAGUCGGUUUCUGUCUUUCUAAGUUUCGUCACAGAGGCAAAGGAGAGACAGGUACCUGUCACACUGUAGCAGUGUCAGAGAUUGUAGCGGUGCAGGAGCUUGACGUAGAGAACGGUGCCACUAAAGAUGACGGGAGGUGGCAGAAAAUGCUUCAGAAGCCACUGGAAGCCUACCCAUAUGCAUUCACAGUGUCCUAUGUGGAGAGGUCAAGGAGACGCCGCUGGCGGUGUCGAGACCUUACCUUCUUCUGUCCAGAGGGGGCGCUGUGUCAGCUGUGGGUCCAGAACAUCAGGGAACAGCUAGCGCUACUGACAAACAGGCCUAAGCAUUUGCUGGUGUACAUCAAUCCCUAUGGAGGUAAACAACAAGCCAAGCGCAUCUACGAACAAGAAGUAGCCCCUCUAUUUGCCAGAGCCUCCAUCUCCACUCAUAUCAUUGUUACAGAAUAUGCCAAUCACGCCAGGAACCAUCUGGGGACAGAGGCAGAGUUGAAGAAAUAUGAUGGGGUGGUGUGCGUGGGUGGAGAUGGGAUGUUUAGCGAGUUGGUUCACGGGCUGAUCUCGCGGACGCAGAAGGACAACGGCGUGGACCAGAACUGCCCCGAGGAAAGCCUCACGCCAUGCGCUCUCCGCAUCGGAAUCAUCCCUGCAGGUUCAACCGACUGCAUCUGCUAUGCAACUGUAGGAGCCAACGACCCUGUGACCUCUGCCCUGCACAUCAUAGUGGGAGACUCCCAGCCCAUGGACGUGUGCUCAGUCUACCAUAACAACACAUUCCUGAGGUACUCCGUCUCUCUGCUCGGAUACGGUUUCUACGGCGACGUGCUGACUGACAGCGAGAGGAAGCGCUGGAUGGGACCAGCCAGAUACGACAUAUCAGGUUUUAAGACGUUCCUGACCCACCAUAACUACGAAGGGACGGUGUCCUUCCUACCGGCAACCGACAUCCUGGGCACGCCGAGGGACCAGGCCAGGUGUAGAGCUGGGUGCAUCAUAUGCCAGCAUAACGGACAGUUGUGUUCAGAUGAAACAUUGGAGAAAUGCAAGAUCGAGCAAGAGGUUUCAGACAGCGAGUGUAAUGGUGAGUGGCAAACCAUCCGGGGUAAGUUCCUGGCCAUCAACGCAGCCAGUAUGAGCUGCGCUUGCCCCCGCAGCCCCAAGGGCCUGUCCCCCGCCGCCCACCUGUCCGACGGCACCACCGACCUCAUCCUGGUCCGCAAGUGCUCCCGCUUUGACUUCCUGCGUCACUUGCUGCGUCACACCAGCAAAGAUGACCAGUUCGACCUGGGCUUCGUGGAGGUGCACCGCGUCCGUCGUUUCCGCUUCACGCCGCGUCACUGCCAGAGCGACUCGGAGCUGGACCUGAGAGAACCUGGUAAGCGCCUCUUCAGCCAGAUCUGCCGAGACCACCCGUCCUGCAGCUGCCGGCCCUCCUACAGCAACUGGAACUGCGAUGGCGAGAUCCUGCCUCACGCGGCCAUAGACGUCGGAGUGCACUGCCAGUUGAUCAAGCUGUUUGCACGUGGGAUCGAAGAGACGCCCGUCUUCGAAGACUCCACCCUCCCAAAUGCAAUAUAGACUCACUCUCGCCCCGGCCCGUCAACCCCACUGGAACGAUCCUACUGCAUUUCAAAAAGGUCAAAGAUCACAGCAGUGGGUGUGCACCGCUACGUGUACACCAUAUCCCAUGAUGCUAUUAUGCAUCUGAAGUGUUAUUCCUCACACUGUGGCCUGGCCAGGAAAAUACCCCGUUUUCUCUGUCGACUGUGAAAAUGACAAGGGGCGCACAGUAGUUUUUCCUGGUUGAGUCUCAGAGAGGAAAAAUCGUUUUUACCUUGUUCUUCAGCCUACAGUACAUGUAGAGUGGUGACAUUAGUUUGUAUUGUUUGUGCUUGGCUAUCAUGUUCCACACAUUCACAGGUUCGUCAUCUGGUGUCUGGUAAACCUCUUUAAAAUACCACCUUAACCCUUUCAGUGUAUUUACCAUCAUUCAUUUCAAAUAAUUGGCUCAUUUAAGAAACGUUGUGGAAAUUCGACUUGGACUACUUUCUAGUACUGUCCAGUAGUAUGAUUCACAAAUAGUCAAAUGUCGUCAUUUUGGAAGGGACUAAUGUAGGGGUUAAUUUGACAUUCAAAUGCUUUGAAAUGUAUCAAUUUCUUUUUUUCUAAUCGGAGACAAACCUAUCGUUCUUCUAUAUCCUUAAAAUACAUGUUUUACUUACAUGUGUGAUUCUAAUAUUCAGUAACUGUUACGAAAAUAGCUACUUAAAAUAAAAAUGUAUCAAUGAAAUUAUUAAAUGUUGCCCUCAAAAAAAGAUAUUUUAUUUAUUAGUAGUAGUAUUAUAACAGUCGAGAAAUGUUGAGUAAAAUUAAUCUCCGUCUCUGAAAGGAUUUGACAGUUUAAACAAGCAUUUUGCCAUGAAUUUGAAUUGACCUGUUUGGUCAAGUGACCAUCGAAUGAGAGUAGACAAAGUAUACCAGACACCUAAAUCUCAUCGUGUGACAUUUACAUAUCCAUUAAACAAAUUUGUGUUUUGUGAUGGCCAUAUUAUGAAAGUGUACAUGUACACA